GGGCGAGCGGCGCGAGCGGAGCGGGACGCGGCGGCAGCGAGGCAAGAUGUGCGACAAGCCGGACCUCUCGGAGGUGGAGAAAUUCGACAAGAAGAAGCUGAAGAAAACCAACACGGAGGAGAAGAACACGCUGCCCUCCAAGGAGACUAUCGAGCAGGAGAAGCAGUGUGUGAAGUCUUCCUAGAGCAAGAUGGCCUGGCAGGAAGAGGCACCACUUUUUUGGGGGGGGGCUUUGAAUUAAAUCAUCUGUUUUUUUAAAUUUACAUCAUGUACGUGUAUAGAAAACGGCUGCAUYUAACCCACUGUCCCACCGUGCUGGCCGCUUCGGCAGGCGAAGGGCAACAAAACGCGGUCCCCUCCGGAUCCAUCGAUGGCCUGACCCGAGCCAGCCCCGUCCUUGCUGCCCAGAGGUCCCCGAUUUCGGCACUGAUUUCACUCGAGUGCCGUGGGGAGCUGAGCGUGGGCUGUGGAGCUCCAAGGGAUGGACCCCCCCCGGCAUGGGGGAGUGGGGAUCCUUUCUGAUCUGGCCUGUGGCCUGGGUCUGUCUCGCAUCACUCUUCACUCAUGGUGUCCUGUAGCCUCACUCA